AUGCAACAGACGUCGUUAUCUGUCUCGUCCAAGAAGACGCGCGUGCAGCCCAUUGAAACAAGUCUUCCAAACAUCCCGUCGCUGGGUUUUGGCUUCAUCCUCUCUCUCGUCUACCUCGGGUUCGCGACGCUCGUGGCCGUCAGCACCUACUACCUCAACGGGAUUGCCAACACGCCAGUCUACUUUGGCGUCGUCAUGCAAGCCUUCGACUACAACCAGUGGGACGUACCCGUCAACACGCUUCUCCAAGGCUCUGGCUUUGUGCACACCAACUACACUGCAGCGCCCGUCGACGGCACGGUCUCCGUUAGCGACCUGCUCUACAAGACGUGUGGCAAGAACGACCAAGGCUGCGCGGCCACAUUUCUCGGCGCGUCCAACCAGAUCUGGUCCGCGAUCGGCAAGGCGUUUGCGCUCAUCCCGAACUUUGACCAGCCGCUCUUCCAGGACAAAACCCAGAACGUCAAGUUCAAGCACAUCAACAACCUCAGCGGCUGGAACAAGGCCGUCGCGAUGUUUUACAUUGACGGCCACGACAUGGCGAUUACGUGCACGGUGCGGCGCACGAGCUUUUACCUGAGCCAGCAAGACGAGUCGACCGCCAUCGUCGACAGCCUCGCGUACUGCUCGCAGCAAAAGUUCGACCCCAAGUGGAUGUGCGAGGCCGAGGUCGCGCUGGACGUCAACACGUACGCGAUCCAGGUCAACAAGGCCGUGCCGACGUACAUUGGCGUCUGCAAGCGCGGCGAGGUGUACCUGAACGCGGGGCACACGGCGCAGGUGACGGGCGGUCUCAGUGGCAGUCAGUUUCUCCGGACCGUGCCUGCGAUCGACGAGUACCAGGGCGGGAUCGUGCAGGCGAGCGCGCCAUGGGACGUGCUGGGCGUGACGCAGUGCUACAACUACAACUUUCAGACAAAUCUCGGCAUGCUGCUGCAGAUCCAGGGCGUCGUGACCAUGAUCUGGAAGUGCGACUCGCUCAUGGUGACGAAUUCCAUUGUGCUCUGGGCGAUGUCCAUCUACUUGGUCGCGCUGCAGCUGAUUUUCCUGCGGCGCAGCGUCAUCUGCAGCGUGCCCGUGUACAUGUCCAAGAACGUCGUCGGUCUCGCGAUUCUCUUCGUCGCGUUCUACGGCAACGCCAAUCCUCAAGCGCUCAGCACGUUUCUGAUCCAGAACCCGAUCGGCAACUUUCCAUCCCGGUUCUACUCGCUGCUGGGGCCUAUCCAAGUCGCGUCGAUCGUCGGCAUCAUGACGGGCACGCUGAUCCAGAUCUGGUUCAACCCGCUCGUCGUCACGCAGACGUGGCUGGUCAUGCUCUUUAGCAUCAUCAACUGGAUCGUGGUCUUCGUGCUCGAGGGAUUUGUGUUUCCGUACAAGAACGAGAACGUUCCGGCGCGCUGUGGCCUCGCGACAUCGACGAGCUGCUUCAUCUACAGCGAGGUGUCCCGCACCUACUACCUCUCGGCCGUCAUUUCCGGCGCGAUCAUCAUUGUGGCCGUUCUUGUCAUUUACGUCCACGCCAAGAAGGUGCCGAGUGCUGUGAUCAUUCCGCCCUCUCACUCGGCGCUCGUAUACCUCAACGUGCCCGACUUUAGCACGAUUGCCACGACGAUGCGCGGUUGCGCGCUAGUCUACGGCGACGGGUCCGUCGGGAUUGACGAAGGCAUCUUGCUCAUCAAGAACAUGCUCCAUGUCUCGGACACGGUCAUGACGCGCAGCUCUAACGUCCACGAGGCUGUGGGCUCGAUCCUCAUUUACGAGGUCCGCGACGGCAAGAUCAUGCGUGAGUUCCAGCACAUGUUCCUCCAUGAAAUGGACACUGGCCGCAUGGACGGCAUGACCGGGUACCUCACGUAG